AUGGAUGUCGCCAUGGCGAACGCGGCUGAUCUCUACUACUCCGGCUAUAACGCCGCCGCAACAAGUAACGUUGGUUGGUUAAACUGGUCACCGGCCAUCGGAUGGCUAUCGAUUUCGCCGGAAGAAGACAUCCACGAUGAAAAGGAGGCGAUGGCAUGGCAGUACUCUGAUGAUUAUGCACUUGCCAGAAGUUCACCGGAGAUGCUCGAUCACUGGUCGUCGUCCAAUGUAAGCGAUAUGACUCUCUCAAGCGCGGAAGGCACACCGGCAGAGGAGCCUCUCCAGCUCUCCUCUGAUAAGGGGAUUAGAUUAAUCCACCUCUUGACGGCGGCGGCGGAAGCCCUCGCCGGCGAUCAGAAAAGCCAUGACCUUUCAAAGGUGAUAUUGGCUCGGCUCAAAGAGUUACUUCCUUCCCCUGCUUCAGGCUCCAGCAUGGAGCGCCUCGCCGGGCAUUUCGCCAAGGCCUUAAACUGUCUCCUCGUCGACGGCGAAGCAGAAGACAACUGUUCUGGAAUCGAAACCACCGCCAUCACGGCGGCGUCCCAACUGCUUCAGGACAUGUCGCCGUACGUCAACUUCGGGCACUUUACUGCCAACCAAGCUAUCGUCGAGGCUGUCGGCGGCGAGCGGCGAGUCCACAUCGUGGACUUUGAUAUAAUGGAGGGAGCGCAGUGGGCCCCGCUGUUGCAGGCAUUUAUGUCGAUGAAAAACGGUCCUCCGCCAUCGCAUGUGAAGAUUACGGCGGUGACAGCAGGGCGGAAGUCGGCGUCGACAGCGGUGCAGGAGACGGGGCGGAUGCUGGCAGCUUUUGCCGCAUCGAUCGGUUUGCCGUUUUCCUUCGCUCAAUGCCGGCUUGAUCGGGACGGAUGCUUCCGGCCCGCGGCACUGAAGGUACUGAGAGGAGAAGCGAUAGUCUUCAAUUGCGCGCUCCACGCGCCGCAUCACCAUCAUCACUCCCCUGCUUCCAUUCGCUCGUUCCUCGCCAGCGCAGCGGAGUUCGGAGCGAGGCUGGUGACGGUGGUGGAGGAGGAAGGCCGGGCCACCGCCGCUGUCGGAAAAGGAGGGUUUUUGGUCGGGUUUAUGGAAGAAUUGCAGCGCUAUUCAACUUUGUGGGAUGCGUUGGAGGCGGGGUUUCCGAAGCAGAGUAAGGCGAGGGAAAUGGUAGAGAAUCUAGUUUUUGGGCCGAGGAUAGCCGGAGCAGUUGAAGAAGCGUUUCGACGUCGGGAGGACGAGGUGACGGAAUGUUGGUCGGAGUGGAUGGCUGCGACUGACUUUCAAAAGGUGUCGCUUAGUUUCUUCAACCAGUGGCAGGCGAAGCUUCUGCUUGGUUUAUUCAAUGAGGGGUAUCGAGUCGAGGAGGAAGCACCGAAUAAGCUCAUAUUGGGUUGGAAGUCUCGCCGCCUUGUCUCCGCCUCCGUGUGGUCUGCACGGCCCCCGCCGGCCGUCGCGGACGACUAA